UCUCGCUACGGAAACUCCAGCAGCCCAAAACAGGGCCUCACACGCGCACAUUACUGCACGCCAUUAUAUAUAUCAUCAUCUGCGCGAGCUAAAAAAGAGUCAAAACGCCUCGCCUUCUUCCUCUGUCUCUCGCCAUACCCCUCUCCAAAAGUCAUUUGUGAAAAGCUUACAUUUUGGGAUCAGCGUAUAACUGGCAGCAGCAGCUAUUGUCUGGGAUCCAUUGCGUAUUUGGAUGCGUUUCUAGUUUGGUGAACUUGCGGUGGAUGGAUAAUUGAUUGGAUAUAGUUCUGCAAUAUAGUUUGCUUGUUGCACGUCUUCCCUUAUUUUCUUGGUGGAAGGGACAGUAGGUGAAAUUGUGAAGUGGUGAUUGGUUGGCCAUCCACAACAGAUACUACAAAGGUAGCAUGCAUCAGGCUGAUUUGAGCUGCCUCAUGAGACAAUAAGAAUUUUGGGAUUGGAAUUGUUUGUUAUUUAAGUGAAGCAACUUGUUAGCAUCACCUAUAAUAUCCUCAUUGGCAUUGACUCAACUCAUACACCUGUGGGGACGGCUACUUGAAGACCUCCAGUGUUAUUCUAGUCAAGAGUAUUUAAGAUCAACUCCUGUUCUGUUAUCUUAUACCAAGCCCUGAUUCCAAUCAUUCAUGGUCAGACAACUCUAUUUUGUGAUGGACUUUAGUAUAAACUGCCCAUAUCAGCUUUGAUGUUGGAGGCAGUAUGCCGGUAAUUUUAAGGAGAGAUGCAAAGAUUUUCUGCUGCCAGCUGUGGUGCUGGAGUUAGUAACAGUGCCAUAGGUGGGGCAUCUGCUAGGGAAAAUGCUAGGGCGGAGUCAUCCUUCUCCCCAUCGAACUUUUCGUUGAACCCAAGGCGACAACCACAACUAUCCCCUUACAAGCUAAAGUGUGAUAAAGAAUCUCUCAAUUCUAGACUUGGGCCGCCGGACUUCUAUCCCCAAAUCCCAAACUGUCCUGAAGAGACACUAACAAGAGAAUAUCUACAAUCUGGAUACAAAGAGACUGUUGAAGGCAUUGAGGAAGCUAGAGAGAUUACAUUGGGUCAGAUUCCAAAUUUUUUGAAACCUGAGUUCAUCGUAAAAUGCAAAGAGGCCAUACGAAAACGUCUCAGGGCUAUCAAUGAAUCUCGUGCUCAAAAGAGGAAGGCUGGCCAGGUUUAUGGAGUGCCUCUUUCUGGACCUUUAUUGAUAAAACCUGGUCUUUUUCCUGAGCAAUGGCAUUGUAGUGGAGACUUCCGCCGGAAAUGGAUAGAGGUUCUAUCACAACAUCAUAAACGAUUGCAUUCCUUGGCCGAGCAUGUUCCUCAUGGUUACAGACGAAAAUCUCUUUUUGAAGUGCUUAUUCGCCAUAAUGUUCCAUUUUUAAGAGCAACAUGGUUUAUCAAAGUUACUUAUCUUAAUCAGGUUCGGCCUGCCUCCACCAGUGUUUCUUCUGGGCCUUCAGAUAAGACACAGUUAUCUUGCACUGAUUUAUGGACCAAGGAUGUUACUGAUUACUUGCAGCAGCUUUUGGAUGAAUUUUUCUCUAAAGAUGGUUCUUUUGCACCAAUACUCAGUAGGGAUCAAUCAUCGCAGGGUCUUAUUGCUGGACCUGGACCAGCACAACACAAAAGUGACUCUGUCCUAGCUACUCCUGAUGCCGAGGAACCUUCCCUGCCCUUUAAAUGGUGGUAUAUGGUGCAGCUUCUACGAUGGCAUUAUGCAGAAGGGUUGCUUCAUCCUUCUCCGGUCAUCGAGUGGGUCCUCAAUCAACUUCAGGAGAAGGAUUCAGCUGAAGCUUUAGAGUUGCUUUUGCCUGUCGUAUUUGAUUUAAUGGAGAGCAUUGUGCUGUCGCAGACCAAUGUACGCAUGCUUGCGGACAUAGCUGUUCGGUCCAUCAAUGAUCUUUCUUCGAGUGACUUGAGUUCAGUAGAUGAUUUGAAAAAAUCAUCACCGACUUCUGCACUGGUUGGGAUUCUGCAAUACAUGAUUCUUUCUGUGCCAGAUACUUUUGUUGCUUUGGAUUGCUUUCCUCUUCCAUCCUGUGUGGCACCUGAUUUGAAUUGCAGAAAUACUGUACUGAAGGUACCUGAGGGUGUAGAUGGUGUACAUUUCGACACCCGAGAUGCUUAUCUUCAGUACUUGUCCUGUGGCUAUACUGUUUCCUCCAUUCAGAAGCGCGCCUGUAAUCUUGCCAAAAUCGUAAACCCCAGCCUUCAAGGACAUGGUGCAGCUAAAGUUGUGCAAGCUUUGGAUAAGGCUUUGAUUACAGGAGAUCUGAAGUUUGCCUAUAAUUCUCUCUUUGAAGAUUUGUCUGAUAUUGCUAUUGAAGAACAAUGGAUUGCUGAAGUUAGUCCAUGUUUGCGGUCUUCUUUGAAGUGGAUUGGAACAGUUCGCUUGCCUCUUAUUUGCUGCGUGUUUUUCCUAUGUGAAUGGGCGACUUGUGACUAUAGAGAUUGCCGUACUUCUCUGCCACAGAAUCACAAAUCUACAGGCAGAAAAGAUUUCUCACAAGUGUAUCUUGCACUUUUGCUUUUGAAGUUUAAAAUUGAAGACAUGUGUAGCUCAUCCCAGUCUAAGAGUGGUAGUACAUUGUUAUUUAGUACCAGCGGGAAAGCAGCUUCUGUUCGUGACACUUCCUUAGGUGGAACAUUGGUGGAACAAGUUUCUGCUAUGAAUAAUAUGAAGAGCUCUAGCAACAGAAAACAUAAAAUGGAUAUAUUUCAAAGCCCUGGUCCGUUGCAUGAUAUUAUUGUGUGUUGGAUAGAUCAGCAUGAAGUUGGAAGUGCUGGAGGUUUUAAGCAUGUUGAAGUUUUCAUCAUGGAACUCAUUCGUAAUGGCAUCUUCUAUCCUCAGGCUUAUGUAAGGCAGCUCAUUGUUAGUGGAAUCAUGGAUAGGAAUGUGACUGCUGUGGAUUUGGAAAGACAAAGAAGACAUCAAAAAAUUCUGAAGCAGCUGCCAGGGUCCUGUUUGUUUGAUGUUUUAGAAGAAGCAAAGGUUGUGGAAGCCCCACUGUUGGACGAGACUGUAUCUGUUUACUCAAAUGAGCGUAGACUUAUGCUUCAUGGACUUCUGAAUGGUGAGUCCAAUCACAUGAGCACCAAAGGUGACAGUUAUCAGAGUUUUGCUCUACAAAAACAUAGGGAUCAUUCUGCUGCUGUAAGAGGUGGUAAGCAUGUCAAAAUGAAGGAUGAAGCUGCGGAGCUGAAGAUUUUGAUUUCAACUCUUUUGCAUUUUCCGUAUCCUUAUUCAAUGCAAGUUGGAACAUGCCCUGAUGAAUCUCAGGGGAGUUUUAGGAGACCUUUAGGUUCGUUUGACAUAAAAGUUGAUUUGACAGAAGGGACACCUGGCUGCGAGGAAUGUCGGCGUGCAAAGAGGCAGAAAUUAGGUGAUGAAAGGGUCUCUCCUCUUCAAGGUUUUUCUUCAAACCAGUCAGAUGAUGAAGAUAGUUGGUGGGUGAGGAAGGGACCUAAAUCCCAGGAGUCAUUCAAGGUGGAGCCACCUCUUAAAGCAACUAAACAUCCUUCAAGAGGUAGGCAAAAAACUGUGCGUAAAACACAAAGUCUAGCACAAUUGGCCGCUGCUAGGAUUGAAAGCAGCCAGGGGGCAUCUACUAGUCAUGUAUGUGAUAAUAAAGUGAGCUGUCCUCACCACAAAUCUGUCAGUGAGAGUGAAGUUCCUAAAGAUGCUGACCUGAUGAAAGCAACACAUCUCAGUGAUAUCGGGAAGGCCAUAAAACAGUUGCGGUGGCUUGAGAAGAGAUCCAUAUCAAUUUGGUUGUUAAAAGCAAUGAAGCAACUUGUUGAAGAAAAUGAGAAAGCUACUUCCAAGGUGAGCAAUUGUACUGGGGUCUUUUCUGCACCUGCUGAUGAUGGAAUUUCUGUACGAUGGACAAUUGGUGAAGAUGAGCUAUUGUCCAUUCUGUAUAUAUUGGAUACGGCUUCAGAUCUGGUUUCAGUAGUAAAGCUCUUGCUCUGGUUGUUACAAAAGACUCUUGGUGGUCCAAGCACUGCUGUUCAUGUUGGGAGAAGUAUUACAGUACCAAAAAAUAGAGAAAACCAAGUCUGCAAAGUUGGGGAGUCAUUUCUUUUAUCAUCCCUGCAAAGGUAUGAAAACGUACUUCUAGCGACAGAUCUUUUACCUGAAGUGUUAACUACUUUAAUGCAUCGAACUGUUGCUUUUGUGACACCCAAUGGAAAGUCAUUUGGAUCAACGGCUUUUGCUUAUGCUCGAAAUUUACUGAAGAAAUAUAGAGAUGUUGCUAGUGUGACAAAAUGGGAAAAAACUUUUAGAGCUACAUGUGAUCAGAGGCUGCUUGCAGAACUUGAUGCUGGACGACCACUUGAUGGUGAUCUAGUGUUUUCUUCUGGAGUCCCAGCAGGUGUUGAAGACACUGAUGAGUAUAUCCGUCAAAAGAUGACUGGGAGAUUAUCAAGGACUAGCCCCAACCUGAAAGAGAUGGUGCAACGACAUGUCGAGGAAGCUGUGCACUAUUUUUAUGGAAAAGAAAGAAAACUUUUUUCAGUCAAUAAUCCUAAAGGUUCAUCAUUAGAAAAUUGGGAAGACAGUAACCAAAUAGCGCAAGAUAUUGUGUUAGGCCUACUAGACUGUAUUAGGCAAAAUGGUGGGGCAACUCUAGAAGGCGAUCCCUCAAUAGUGGCUUCUGCUGUUUCUGCGAUUGUUGGUAGUGUGGGGCCUGCCAUAUCAAAACUGCCAGAUUUUACAAGCGGUAAUUACCAAAGCUUUUUGUCUACGACAAAUUCAUUGAAUUGUGUACGGCACAUUCUGCAAAUUCACAUAACCUCUCUCUGCUUGCUUAAGGAAUCUCUUGGAGAACGUAUGAGCCGGAUAUUUGAGAUAGCUUUGGCUGCUGAAGCUUCUUCAUCUAUUUCUGGGGCUUUUGCUCCUGGGAAGACUUAUCGAAGUCAGUUUCAACCAUCUUCUGAAACUCAUGACAUGUAUGGAAAUCAUUCAAAUGAACUCGUGAACAAUUCUGUAAAACUGUUUGUUGGAAGGGCUGCAAAAGCUGCAGCUGCUGUAUCUGCGCUUGUUAUUGGGGCCAUCGUUCACGGUGCUACUAGCCUAGAAAGGAUGGUAACAGCCUUCAAAUUAAAGGAGGGCUUGGAUAUUCUGCAGUUUAUUAGGAGUGCAAGAUCCAGUUCGAAUGGGAUGUCCCGUUCCGUUGGCAGUUUCAAGCUAGAUCAUUGCAUUGAAGUAUACAUACAUUGGUUUCGGCUCCUUGUUGGGAACUGCAGAACAGUGUUUGAUGGACUAGUUGCAGAAAUCCUUGGUGAAUCAUAUAUCAUAGCUCUUUCAAGGAUGCAGCGCAUGCUUCCGCUUAAUUUGGUUUUUCCUCCUGCUUACUCAAUAUUUGGAAUGGUCAUUUGGAGGCCAUAUAUUCUCAACAUCAAUAUUGCGGCUCGGGAAGAUGUCCAACUGUAUCAAAAUUUGUUUGUGGCAAUUGGUGAUGCUAUAAGGCAUCAGCCAUUUCGAGAACUAUGUUUUAGAAAUACUCGUGUUCUUUAUGAUCUUCUUGCUACUGAUGUUGGUGAUUCUGAAUUUGCUGCAAUGCUUGAACUGCAUAGCUCAGAUAAACAUUUGAAAACAAGGGCAUUUGUUCCUCUUCGGUCACGGCUGUUUCUGAAUGCUCUCAUUGAUUGCAAAAUGCCAGCAUUUACAAUUAUGCAGGAAGAUGGAUCGUGGAUUUCAGGGCCUAAUGAACAAAGAGCAUUUGCUGAAAAUGAGGCAAAGCUUCAGGAUCAACUUGUGCAUGUUUUAGAUAACUUGCAACCUGCAAAGUUUCAUUGGCAGUGGGUUGUUUUGAGGCUUCUUUUGAAUGAGCAAGCUCUUAUUGAAAAAACUGAGACUCAGAACAUGUCCUUAGUAGAGGCAAUUCGAUCCCUAUCUCCUAAUACUGGAAAUGUACUUUCUGAAAGUGAAAAGAAAUUUACUGAAAUUAUUCUUACAAGGAUCCUAGUUAGACCUGAUGCCGCACCACUUUACUCAGAAGUUGUCCAUCUGCUUGGAAAUUUGCAGCAGGAGUCACUUGUAAUGGACAUAAAAUGGAUUUUAGCUGGUCAGGAUGUCCUUCUGGGACGGAAAUCCAUCAGGCAGCAACUUUUACAAGUUGCUCAGCGGAAAGGUCUUUCAACAAAAUCCCAAUUUUGGAAACCAUGGGGUUGGUCAAGUUCCAUAGCUGAUGGUGUAGCUAACAGAGGUGAUAAGAGGAAGUUGGAAGCCAUUUCUAUAGAAGAAGGAGAACUUGUGGAUGAAUGCAUUGAUGUUAAAAAACCUGGUAAAAUGAACAUUCAUAAUAUUGAUGCUGAAGGCUUCACUUCUACCCAGCAGUAUAUAACUGAGAAAGCUCUUGCUGAAUUAACACUUCCAUGUAUAGACAGGAGUUCCAGUGAUAUACGCAAUUUAUUUGCAGCUGAAUUGGUAAAGCAGAUGGGUGCUAUUGAUCAACAAAUUAAUACAAUAACACGUGGUGGUAAUAAGCAGGCUAGUGCGGCAUCGUCUGGAACUGAAGGUUCAUCAAACAAAAGCAGCAUUCGCAAAGGUAUGCGUGGUGGAAGCCCUGUAUUGGGCAGGCGAUCAACUGGAGUUAGUGAUUCUACGCCACCAUCUGCCACAGCAUUGAAAGCAUCCUUGUGGUUGCGCUUGCAAUUUCUUUUGAGAUUGCUUCCUAUUAUUUACACUGAUAGGGAGCCAUCUGCAAGGAACAUGAGGCAAAUGCUUGCAUCUAUCAUACUUCGAUUACUUGGAGCAAGAGUUGUGCAUGAGGAUGCAGACCUAUACCUUCCUAUGCAUAGAGUUCCUUCACAAAAGGAUGCAGAGUCAUUAGUGGAAGGUUCUGUUGCUGCCUCAUUAGAUUAUUCUAGUGAUAGCCUAUUUGACAGGCUUUUGUGUAUCCUACAUGGUUUGCUGAGCAACUGCAAGCCAAGUUGGCUGAAGCCCAAGUCUGUCUCCAAAUCGACUGUUAAAUCUCCUCGAGAUUUUUCUGCAUUUGAUCGUGAGACAGCAGAGAGCUUGCAGGCUGACUUGGACCGCAUGGAGUUGCCUGCAACAAUUCGGCGGCGUAUCCAAGCCGCAAUGCCAAUUCUCCCUGCAUCGCUUCCUUUUUUAAUCCCUUGCCAUUCUCCGACAUCAUCUUCGUUGGAGCUUGCAUCACUUCAGCCCAUCACAUCUACUCCAGGCACCCACCAAAGAUUUCUUCCCACCACCCGCACGUCUACUAACCUAUCUGGAAGAAGCAAGACAGUGCCAUCCCAGUAUCUGGACAUGGAAAUUGACCCAUGGACGCUGCUGGAAGAUGGUACGGGCUCUGCUUCUGCCUCUGGUGGUAACAGCCAUAUGAUUGGUGUUGGGGGGGAUCAUUCCAAUCUGAAGGCUUGCAGCUGGCUCAAGGGGGCUGUGAGGGUGAGAAGAACGGAUCUUACGUAUGUUGGAUCUUUGGAUGAUGAUAGCUGACUCCUUUUCUUGUACAAUUAUUUGGCAAUGGAAGUCUGGCAGCAAUCUUUAGAGGCUCAUGCGGAUGGCUUUCAAAUCAAUUACAACGGGCUUUGUUCUCCUGCUGGCAUAGAUAGAACGAUCUCUCUUGGGAGAAUGUUGAGGGGGGUUUUGUAUUAAAAAACACCGGCCUCACCCUGUGGGUAUUGGUGUGUACCGGGCCAGUUAAACUAACACUCCAAAGACCCCCAUUUUGCUUCCAUGCCGAUGCCGGGUCUGUUGUAUAUAUAGGCAAUAUAUAAUUUGUUCCUCAAUUGAGAUGAGUAAAAUGGCUUUUGAGGAAUGGCCUGUAGCUAUUUAUAUCCCAAUCCCAAUCUUUUCAUCACAGUUGUACUUCUAAAGAAAAGGUGGCUUGUGCUGCUGUGGGAAGGAUACGUUGCAUUAUCAUGAAAGUAGGUGGGAAAAUGACUGAAGAAUCAUGGAUUGAUAUAAAUGUGGUUUGCAGAACAUAUUUCCAUUUUCAUUCUAAAUGCAGCUCUUUUGCCUUAGUGGCCUGUUCAACUAUAUAAUUUGAUCUCAGAACCCCACAGGCACGGGGGAAGCUUAUUUUUUAUAGCGUUACAAGUUUAUUUCUUGGUUUCUUAA